GGCUCUCCCCGUGAUGCUGCUCGCUGAAGGCCCCAGGCCAGGAGAUGUCACCCGAGGAAAUGUCACCCAAGGAAAUGUCACCCAAGGAGAUGUCACCUGAGGACCUGGCCACCCUGCUCUGUGGAGAAGGGGACGAGCAGCUCUCCCAGCAGGAAUUUCCAGCAGCCACCGCGUUUUACCUGGCUGCCUUCAGCUGCUGUGCCCCCACAGCGGUGCAGAGAGUGAAGGCCAUGGGCCACGGGCCCUGCCGGCGAGUGGUGGCCACCUUGGAGGCCUGGUGCCAAGGCAAGGCUCAGAUCCCCAAAAUCCAGAGCAGGAAUUUGGCCGUGGUGUCCCUCAGCGUGGGGAUCGCUGCGGUUUUCCUCUCCACCCUCAUCCCCAACAACGUGGCGGCCUCGGUGUACGAGCUGGAGGCCCUGCUGCGGCGAGGGUGCUCGGAGGAGGUGCUGAGCAGAUGCAAUCUGCUGCUGGAGGCAAAUCCCAAGGGUUCCAUGGAGCUGCUGCUGCUCAGGGCGCUGGCACGGGUGCUCUCGGGCACACAGGUCGGCGAGGGAAUCGUGGAUUAUGUCCGAGCCUUUGCGCUGCACCGAACGGAGGCGGUGGGCUAUGUCUGCAGCAGGCAAAGGGAGCACCUGGCCCAGGUGGUUCAGGCUUUCUCUGAGCACCUUUCCACAUGCCAGGAGCUCAGCCCAGGCUGCAGAGCCUCGGAGCAGUGGCUGGGGGACUGCUACGCCUUCCUGGCCGCGGUGGCACCGGGGCACGCCUGGGUGUGCAGGGCACGGGCAGCUCAGCUCCUGAAAACGGGAGAGUUUCAGGAGUGUGUGGCUCUCUGCACCAAGGCCCUUGAGGGCUUCUCAGCUGAGAAUUGCAGAGGUGAGGACGUUCUGGCUCUGCUCCUGGAGAGAGCUGCUGGGUAUUUCUUCCUGGGUGAAUGGCCGCAGGAAAUGAUGCAGGAUUUAGCAGCAGCCUUUGCAGCAGACCCUGCUCAGGCAAUGAAAUGCUUUGAAGAGCUUUUCUCACCCAGCGAUGCUGAGAAGAUCGAGGAGCAGGCCAGAGCUGCCCUGGAGGGGAGGUUUGCGGCAUACAGGGAGGCUGUGCGUGCUCGGGCUGAGCUCAGGGGCAGCCAUGGCACUGAGCUGCUCCCUCCUGUCAUCCAGACCAUCCAGCUGCUCCUGCACAUCUGCCCAGGGUCCAGCCGGGAGCUCCGUGUCCGCCUGGCAGACUGUCACCUCCUGCAGGGACACCCUGGGGCCGCUCUGGACCUGUGUGAGCAGCUGCUGGCAGCAGAGCAGAACACUUACCACAACACCCUGCUGGCACUGCGAGGUUUCUGCUCCCUGCACGCCCAGGACCACCACAGAGCCCUGCAGGACUUCCAGAGGGUCAUUGAGCAUGAUUCCCCACACCCCAACAGCUGCAUCAAAGCUCUGUGUGGCCGUGGGCUGAUCCGCAUUUCUGGUGGCAGCAAUUAUUUGACAGCCCUGGAUUAUAUCACAGCUUGCCAGUUAAAGCUGGACGAAACCAUCUUCACCAUCAAGUCCUACGUGCCAUGGAACCAGAGGGGAUUGCUGCUGAAGGUCCUCCAGGAGGAAGGACAGAUGAUGCUCCAAAAGAAGAGAGAUGCCCCUGGGGUUUUCCAGCUGGCUUCUCUCUUGGUGGAGCUGGACAGCUCUGAUGAGGCAUCCCAGAUCCUGUGUGCUGAUGCCCUGUACCAGAUGGGCCGUGGGGAAGAAGCCCACAAGAUGCUGUCACUGGCCCUCUCCAGAAACCCCCAGAGGGCUCCUGUGCUGGCCAGGCUGGCCCUGCUGCAGCUCAAGAGAGGCUUUGUGUACGAUGGCAACCAGCUGCUGAAGAGGCUGAUCAGAAUUGGAGACUCCUCCUGCCUCCUGCCAAUCCUGGACAUUUUCCAGGACGAGGACCGCAAGCUGCUGCAGAGCCACUGCCGCUGGCGAGCCCUGGCCAUCCUCAAGGGCAAACAGGAGGGUGCUGCCAUCAAAGAGGCCAUUGCACACCUGUCCUUUGCCAUCCUUGCUGCAGGUGGUUAUGCUGAGGAUUGCCUCCUGGCCAGGGCUCGGUGCUACGGGCGCCUGGGGCAGAUGAAAACGGCGAUUUUUGAUUUUAAUGCUGUGCUGAAGGAGGAGCCCAGGAAUGUGCAAGCUCUGAGCGGCCGAGGGUUUGUUCACCUCGCUCUGAGGCAGCAGAAGGAGGCAGUGCAAGAUCUGAUCUCAGCACUGAAGGUGGAGGCAGGAGCAGUGAUCCCAGCAAUCCUGUCCUUGAAGCCUGAAGCCCAAGGGUUGGUCACUGGGUGGCUCCUCCAGCAUGGCAGGGCCACUCUCACUGAGCUCAUGGCCACCAAAAACCUCCCAGGAGAAGAAACCCUCAGGGACCUUCUCAUGGUGGCAAAAGCACUGACCAAAAUCUGCAAGGCUGCACAACAUCACAUCUUCUACACUGAUGUCUUGAUGGCAAAUGGAAGGCACCACGAGGCCCUGAAGCACCUGCAGGAAACCUUUGGCCACUGUCCUGCUGAGGACUCAGCCAGGGCUCGCUUGGCUGUGCUGCAGCUGCAGAGCAGGAACGUGCCAGGGGCAGCUGCCCCGCUCAGUGUCCUGGCCAGCAGAGAUGAAAAGGACCUGGCCUUCCUCCUGAACUUUGUAGGCACCAAACAACAGCAGCACCUCGCUCAGGCAGCAGCCCAGGAAGGGAAGGUGCUGAUGAAAAGCCAUCAACAUGAGCAGGCUCUGGGCUACCACAGCCUGGCUGUGCUGGCCAGCAGGGACAGCCCCAGGUACCUGAGGCGCAGAGCUGCCUGCCUGAUGCACCUGAAAAAAUACGAAAAAGCUCUGAAAGACAUGGAAAAAGUGAUCCAAGGGCAUGGCUGUAACAGCCCAAAAACACAGGCUGGGGAUCACUGCUGCCAGGGUUUCCUGCUGCUGGCCCUGGCUCAGGAGGAGGCAGCAGUGCAGCACUACAUGGAAGCCCUGCAGCUGGAUGAGCCCCUGGCCCUGGGCACCAUCACCAACUGCCCUGGCAGGGAAUCUUUAACCAAAACUUUUCACAAAGUUGCACAAUAUAACUUUGAAAAGCAGCGCUACGAAGAGGCCUGGAAAAUCACAGACUAUGGGCUUAAAAUUGAUAAAAGUUCAGAGCUCCAGAAGCUGAAAGCAAGACUGAAAAGGGAGGCAUCGAGCUGUAGCAUACAUUGAUUUCUGUGUUUGGGGAUUUUCCAGUCUGAUUGCUCUCUGGUUUGUUUGGAGGGCUGCAAGAAUGAGGGAAAGAUGAGAAAGAUGAGAAGCUCAUGAUAAAUAUGCAACAGACAUUGCACUGAACAUGGGACAGCAGAAUUAGGAGUGGAAAGUUUGAGGCAGCAAAACAAAACUGACCAUGAAAGCAAUGAGGAAAAAAAGCAAAUUGCAGCAUUCCUUAAAAUUAUUGUGCAUUAUGUAAACUCCCCAUUGUGAAAAAAGCCUUUUUUUCUGGCUAAACAACAAAUUCUAACACAGGGGUUCCAGUCCUGCUGAAGGAAAACAUUCAAAUCACUUGCAGCUCAUGAAUAAUAAUCAUGCAUUUCCUAGCUAGUAUUUUAUGAGCUUCAACACAUACUGUUCAACCCAUUGGCCUUAUUUUCAUGGGCCAGUCAAAAGGAUCAGUCCAAAGGUGUUUGUGAAGGCCCAUUUGUGUUACACCCCUCUCCUGGAUGAAGGAUCUGCCCUGCUGGGAAUGCAGUGCAUUUGCCAGAAUCAGCACCAAUCUCAGGGAUGGGGCAGCACAAAUGCCAAAUAAACUGUUCUGCUGUGCAAUAACAGAUAAGGUGAAGGCUGAGACUCAACAGAGAUCAAAUACCCACUCCAGGGACUCUGCCCUGAUAUCGCCCCUAGCAGUGACUCCACCUGGAACCUUCCACCUUUUCCUCUUCUCUGCUUGCUCCUUUUUCUGCCCUAAGAGCACAGGUAGGACUGGACUUCUUGCCCUUCAAAUUCCAUUUUAAUCCUAGUGACACUGAUGAGGAUUUUUGCCCCCUAAUGGGCAUCAAGAUUCUGUGGGAGAGCUUCUUCCCAAGCAUGAAAUUACAUCCUUAAACAACUGUUGGCUCUAUUUGAAAACUGAAAAAAAAAAAUUGAUCAUGUUUUCCUUCAAGCAGUAACCAACAGAUAGGAAAUUCUCUGUGUCUCCAGAAAUUUUUGAGAAGUGCUUGUUUAGGGCUUUGGAAUUUUUUUCUGGAAGUCUUUCCAUUACAUAAAAACAGGAUAUUCCACUUUUUUCAGACCAUGGAAAGCACUGGGAGGACAAUCCAGUUGUCCUGUCUCCCAGAUAAUAUUCCCUCCAUUAGUCUGGAAGUUUGGGACAUUUUUGGCUGCUCUUUUUUUUUCUUGUGGACAGAAUGCAUUUAUUUUUCCUAAAGAUUUUUUUUUUCUUUAAAAAUAAGGACCACAGGCAUCCCUGCAAGACUGCUAGAGAGUUAUCCUAAGGAAAAAAUUUCCUUUUCAGGUGACUGAAAGGCCAUUGAGGAAUGGCUGCUUCUCCCAGCAGCUCCUGACUCUUCUCAUCAGCAUUUUCAUUGGUUUCUUUUAUUUUCCUUGUUCUCUGUCUGUGCCCACUAAAGUCCUUUGCCUGUGCCCAAGCUUCUGAUUGAUUCUUUAAUUCUUUGUUGUGUUCUUAUUUUUCCAACCAAUUUCAAGGAGACUUGGAGCAACCUGGGAUAAUGGGAGGUGUGGAAGCAGAUGAGCUUUGAAAUCCCU